AAACCUUUUGAAUGCUCAGUAUGUGGAAAGAAAUUUGGUUCAAGGAGCAGUCUUCUACACCAUCAAAGAAUCCACACAGGGGAGAAACCAUUUGAAUGCUCAGAGUGUGGAAAGAAGUUCAGUUCACGUGGCCAUCUUCAACAGCAUCAAAGAACCCACACAGGAGAGAAACCUUUUGAAUGCUCUGAGUGUGGAAAGAAAUUCACUGUGUGUUCCAGUCUUCAAAUGCAUCAAAGAACACACUCUGGGGAGAAACCAUUUGAAUGCUUAGAGUGUGGAAAGAAAUUUACUGUGUGUGCCAGUCUUCAAAUGCAUCAAAGAACACACACAGAGGAGGAACCUUUUGAAUGUUCAGAGUGUGGAAAGAAGUUCCGUUGGAAUCGCAGUCUUCAAUGGCAUUUAAGAACCCACACAGGGGAAAAACCUUUUGAAUGCUCAGAAUGUGGAAAGAAAUUCACUGUGAGUUCCAGUCUUCAAAUGCAUCUAAGGACCCACACAGGGGAGAAACCUUUUGAAUGCUCAGAAUGUGGACAGAAAUUCACUGUGAGUUCCAGUCUUCAAAUGCAUCUAAGGACCCACACAGGAGAGAAACCAUUUGAAUGCCCAGAGUGUGGAAAGAGAUUCAGUCGCAGUUCCAGUCUUCAAAAGCAUCUAAGAACCCACACAGGGGAGAAACCUUUUGACUGCUCAGACUGUGGAAAGGGAUUCAGUCGAAGUGACACUCUUCAGCAGCAUCAAAGAACCCAUACAGGAGAGAAAUCAUUUCAGUGCUCAGAGUGUGGAAAGAAAUUCAGUCACAGUUUCAGUCUUCAAAAGCAUCUAAGGACCCAUACAGGGGAGAAACCUUUUGAAUGCUUAGAGUGUGGAAAGAGAUUCAGUUCAAGAGGGUAUCUUCAACAGCAUCAAAGAACCCACACAGGGGAGAAACCUUUUGAAUGCUCAGAAUGUGGAAAGAAAUUCACUGUGAAUUCCAAUCUUCAAAUGCAUCUAAGAACCCACACAGGGGAGAAACCUUUUGAAUGCUCAGAGUGUGGAAAGAAGUUCUGUUGGAGCUUCAGUCUUCAACACCAUCAGAGAACUCACACAGGGGAGAAACCUUUUGAAUGCUCAGAGUGUGGAAAGAGCUUCAGACAGCGUGGCCAUCUUCAACAGCAUCUGAGAGCCCACACAGGGGAGAAAUCUUUUGAGUGCUCAGAGUGUGGGAAAAAAUUCAGUCGGAGUGACACUCUUCAACAACAUCAAAGAACCCACACAUCACCUGCCUUGGCAAACAAGCAGGCCUUGCAGUACCUCCUGAAGAUCUCCAAGAAGCCCCCCCACCCUCAUUUCAUCAGGGAGCCCAGUCCAAAGAGCCGGAAAUGGCCCGGUCCCUGCAACCAGGAUGGACAAGCGGGGGCUGUCCCAGAUCCCAAGAUCUUGACAACAUCUGUCAUGAUGACCAGUCAACACGAUCUAUAA